AUGAAUAAAAGAACCCAAUUUAUUGAAAGAGACACCGAAACUUUGAUUGAUAAAAAACUGCAAGAAUUGGGUAAGCGAGCUGAUUAUAUGCUUUAUCAAUCCGGAACCACUAAUCCCUUAAUCGUUAUUGAAGCCAAAAGACCUAGCGAAGACAUUCAGCAAGCAUUAGAGCAAGGAAUUGAUUACGCUAAAAGUAUUGAAGCCCCUUUGGUUAUUGCUACUAAUGGCGAAUUUACCAAAGCUUAUCAUGUUAAUUUUAAGAAAACUUUAACUUUUAAUGGCGAAGAAGUAAAAGAUUUUUUUACUGAACAAGAAGCUUUAAGAUUUAUUGAACAACCUCAUUUAAUUACCCAAGAAAAUAAAGUUGUUUUAUCCCGCCGCGAACUAAUUAAAAUCUUUGCUGAGGCCAAUGAUUUAUUAAGAAAGGAAGGUUUUCAAGCUGGCGAUGAGAGAUUUACCACUGAAAAAGGCGAUAAUUUAAAAAGUCGGAUGGAUAAUGCUUUGGAACAUUUUCGGCAAAAAUACCAAGAAGGUGAAUUAUUUUCGGUUAGCAGAAUUGAAAAUGCUAAAACUUUGGAAGCCAUAGUGGCUAAACUUAAUCCUUUGUCUUUGGUAGAGACGGAAAGAGAAAUCAAAGGAGAAGCUUUUGAAUAUUUUUUACAACGGUAUAAUGCCGGGGAAAAAGAUUUAGGAGAAUAUUUUACUCCGCGACAUGUUAUUCGUAAUCUAGUAAACAUUUUACAACCCC